CUCAGUCUGAGAAGUACGCUCGAUCUUUCCUCUGCUGAAAAAAAUUACACAAACUUUGCUCCCAUUUAAUUCAACGACAAUUCCAAACUGGAGCAAUGACAAGCAAAUGGAUUGUCAUGAUGCGGUUUUUGUUCGCAGUCAUUGUUGUGCAGAUGGCGAUGGGGGCUCGUUUGAAAAUGAAGUCUUUCUGUCCCCACACUAAAUGUUUCUGUCCUGUUAGAAACGUAGCUGAUUGUUCAUACAAAAACAUUUCUGUUAUUCCAAGAGGUCUGCCGAUUACAAUUCAAAGAAUUCUUCUGUCGGGAAAUAAUUUUCUAGAACUCAGGGACCACACCUUUAACCAUAUAAUGGACAUGAAUAUUAAAUAUCUAGCAUUAGAUCAUUGUAACAUUCGCAAAAUAUCGCCAUUAGCCUUUAUUAAUCUCAAAGAUCUCCGCUUUUUAGAUUUAUCUUAUAAUGAAUUAACAUUCAAAUGCAUGGAAGAGGGUUUUAUUCGCCUAGGAAUAUCGGAAGUCAAAAUCUUAAAUAUUUCUGGAAACCUACGCGAACCAAGAUCUCUGAAAAGUUUGUUCAAAGUUGCAUGGCUUAGGGAAUUGAAAGAACUUGUUAUUCAAAAAAAUAAGAUAUUGACAAUAAAUUUCAGUUCCUUUUCCGAUUUACGGAAAUUAAGAAGAUUGGACCUCAGUGACAAUGGAAUGGUAACGGCUGGGUUCUCAAAUAUGUCAAGUUUGCGAGAAAUUGACCUGUCCCAUAAUGUGUUAGAACAAACGCCCAUUAACUUCUGUGAUGAAUUAUAUGGAAAAUCCUUUUUCCCGAACUUGGCUAAGCUACAUUUAAGGCAUAAUCGUCUUACCGAGACGUUCAGUUUUCUUCUUCACUGUCGAUGCUUGCCUAGUUUAGUUUACCUCGAUAUUUCUUACAAUCCAUUUAACAUAAUUUUGUCGAACUCUUUUGUAACAUGCCGUAAGCUAAGCGUUCUCAUCAUAGACUACAUUCUGGAGUUAGGUGUUAAUUUGGAAAAUACAUCCCUGACCUCUAAUGUUUUGGAGACUCUAUUCAUAGGAAGCAAUGAUAUUAGUAAUGUAGAUUACAGAUUUCGAUUUGUUUUCAACUACUGUACAUCAUUGAAACGAUUACAAAUUAUGAAUGUAAAUUUUUCAUCUUUUGAAAAAUUCGAUUUCUCGCUUAUGUUUCAUCCUCUAAGAAAGUUGAGGUCUAUUUCCUUCAUCAGAUGUGAGUUGUACCAAGUUCCAAACAUGAGGAAUAUAUCAGGAAUAAAGAAAUUGAAUUUGAAUUUUAACAAAAUAAAUGUACUAUAUGCAGAGGAAUUUGAAAAUUUAAGAAAACUUGAAAAAGUAUCCUUUACUGGCAAUCAGCUUAUUACCAUCCAAAAGGCAUUUCUCCCUGAUUUUGUCUGGAGAAAGAAGGAAAUCUCUAUCGACUUUUCAGCUAAUCCUUUUAGUUGCGACUGUAAAAUUGAAUGGUUUAAAACAUGGUUAGAAAGCAACAGUGUGAAGAUGAAAAGGUAUCCUAAUGACUACAUAUGUCAAAGUCCACAAAAAUGGAAAGGGCGUAGUCUAGCUGAGUUUCAACUACGGGACUGCCAUUUGCCUAACCAGUAUGUGAUCUUGUCCUUCAUUUUAUGUGGAAUUCUCUUCAUCUUUAUAUUUUCUGUUGUAAUAAUCAGAAAACUUCGAUGGGAUAUUAAAUAUUACAUCCAUAUAUGUUCACACAGAAAGUCAAAGUACAAAAAGCUUAGUGAAGAUGAAGCAGACUUUGAUGGUUUCGUUGCGUAUAGUUCAAGGGAUCGAAGAUGGAUAAUGGCCGAACUUGUCGAACACUUGGAAAAGGAGCAUAAUUACAGUCUGUUUCUUUAUGAACGAAAUUUACUUCCAGGAGGAGUUUUUAUUGAAGACAUACAUGACAGCAUCGACUACAGUAGAAAACUAAUCCUCGUUUUGUCAAAUAAUUUCAUGACUGAUCACUGGUGUCAGUAUGAAGCGGCUAUAGCAAAGCACACAAUCGCCGAUGGAAAAGGUGACAAAAUCGUCGUUAUUUUGCUGGAAAACCUAAAUUCAAAACACAUUACCAGUUCCUUCAAAACCCUUUUAAAAUCAACGCAAAAUGCAGAAUGGACAAAUAGUGUAAAUGGACAAAAACUUUUUUGGAAGAGAAUUAUCGAAAUCAUGUCGAAGUGAUUUUAUAGAUGGAAUUGUUGAUCAAUAUAAACAUGUAUAUUUUUUGAAUAAAAUACACUACUUUUUAUACGAAGC